AGUUUGAGCAUGCGCCAAAUCACGGAAGUGAGAUUUGGGACAUCAACAACCGCGUCUCCAGUUUAUUUCACCAAAUCGACCUGAAUGCUCUGUACAAAAGACGUACCAAACAUAUGAUAAUAGGCCUACUCGUCUUCUCUGCAAAGCCUGAUCAUGCUGUCCAUCAGACCUUUAUAUACUGUAAUAACUACAGUUGUAAUUUUGUGUCUGUUGCAUGAGGUGGUUGUUGCACAAGCUAAGAACUUUGAGGAUGUUCGCUGCAAGUGUAUCUGCCCCCCAUACAGAAACAUAUCGGGCAAUGUGUACAACAGAAAUGUGACUCAGAAAGACUGUAACUGCCUGCAUGUAGUUGAUCCUAUGCCAGUUCCUGGUCAUGAUGUGGAGGCAUAUUGUUUAUUGUGUGAAUGCAAAUAUGAGGAACGAAGCAGCAACACUAUUAAGGUGACAAUCAUCAUCUACCUUGGUGUUGUGGGUGCUCUUCUUCUUUACAUGCUGUUCUUGCUGCUGGUGGAUCCUCUCAUCCGUAAAAAAGACCCAUACACUCAGCAACUGCACAAUGAGGAAGACUCUGAGGAGAUGCGUCCACGGGCUGACACUGCCACACUCAGAGGGAACACGGUACUGGAGAGGGUGGAGGGGGCACAGCAGCGGUGGAAGAAACAGGUCCAGGAGCAGCGAAAGACUGUUUUUGAUCGGCACAAGCUGCUCAGUUAGACCCACGAGGACCUCACACCAGGGUUAGAGUAGGUAACCUCAGCUCAGCGCUCCACAUAGUUACCAGCUGCAUAUCUGCUGCAUGACCUUUGAUAUUAAGAACACACACUUAUUAACAAUUUAAAGAUGUAUGUAAUGAAUACAUAAUUACAUUCGCCAAGCGUCCGCACUUGCCCAAUAUUUUCAGAAACUAGCAACGCAAUACAUUUAUGUUAAUUUGGUAGGAAUGGCUGUGAACUAUUUAAGCUUGUGAAUAUACUCUAUCAUUUUCAUUUUGAAUUAAUAAGCUAAAUAAGAACUUUAAUAUUGUGUGACCAAGAUAGUGAACUAAAUGCUAAGUAAUGUUAUAUCAUAUUUCCACAGAAUUUCAGUUUGAAUCUCUAUUUUUUUGACUGAAUUUGAACCAAAGCAUUUUCACUUUUUUAUUUAUAAGGAGACAUGUGGUCCACUAGAAUCAUACCUCAGUUUGAAUUGCUGUGUUAUGGUCCUAACAUUUACUAUAACUAAAAUAAUGUAUGAUAAUCUCUACAUUUGCACUGGACUUUUGCACUGCUUUGUCUUUACACUGACCAUAAAUUAAAAUAAACAAAACAAUCUCUUGAA